AUGAGUGACGGAGUGCAGCUCCCGGUAACGCUGAUCAUCGACCAGCUGGAGGAAAACGGCAUCUGCCGAGCGGUGGCGACGGCUUCCAGCGGCGAGUCCACCCGUCUCCUAGGGCCAGCUCAUCCGGCAGCGGGGAGAAGGCUGCUGAAGAACUCAAGUCUGCGGCAUCGCUCUGGUGAGGAGACCACCAACACUCCGGAAGCUGUCCCAAUUGAGAAGGACGACCUGCUGGAGCGUCUGGAGAAGAUCGACACCUCGUCACCCUCGACAAAGACAGCCAGCGCCACCACCACCAAGGAAACCGGCGACGGCAGUUCGGCGGCCACAAACGACGUUGACAUGGAAAACGACGAUCUGAUCCAGCGGCUGGAGGCCAUCGAAAAUGGGGAAGCGGAAGAAUCAGCGAAAACGACUUUUCUUCCAAGAAAGAUGAGGACAAGAAGAAAGAUGAUCUUUCUCCGGCGGAGACAAACCACCAGCACGGGUUGGACAAACCUGACGAGGACGAAUAGCUGGAGGAAAAGAUGGAAUUUGACGGUGCAACGACGAACGGCAAGUUCGGCCAAACGGCGCCAUUCCGAGGACGAAGAGCUUGAGCCGUCGAGCAAGAAGGUUCACGUCGAAGACGACACCAAAAAGCCGGAAACAGUGACCGCCGAAAAGAAGAAUAGGAAAGAAGAUAAGCCAGCUGUCGAAGAAAGCGUCAACGCAGAGGAAGAACCGCAAAAGGAGCCGGAAACCGUGGAUGAACCGCCUAAAGAGGAAGAGAAAGUGCCGGAAAAGGAGACUGUUGUUGACAGUGCUAAGGAGCCUGUUGCCGAAUCGAAGGAGGAUGAAAAGACCGCGCCCGAAGAGAAGCCUUUAGAAGUGUCUGCACCUCCACCAGAACCCGAUCCUGUUGAAGAGCCAGAUUCCAAAGUGGAAGAAUUGCCAGCUGUUGAAACUCCAGCCCUCGAAACUGCUCCUGAAGAGAAGAAAAAAGAGAAGCCUGAGGAAGUGGAUUCUGUCCCGGAUAAGAAGGAUGAGCCGGUGCCGGAGCCCGCUGUCGAUGAGAAGAAGCUGGAAGAGCCCAAGGAAGACACAAAGCCGAGCCGAGGUCAGCCUGCUUUAAGCGCAACGGACAGUUCGGGGACAAUCUCAGGCCAGUCGAAGGCACCACUAUUCAAGGUUAAGCACACCGUCCGAGGGGCCAAGGCGCUGGCAUCGUUGAUGAUCGAGGAAUUCACCAAGAACAAGCGAGUGCUCAGCAAGGAUGAUGAGCUCUCGGACGCGGAUCUGGACCAAAGCAGUUCCAACGCAAAGACGUCCAAAACAACCACCAAAAAGGGUGGUCGAGGAAAUAAGCGAAACCGCACCGAAAACCGGACACACCCGUACCUGCCGAGCCGGAACCGCCAGUGA